AUGACUGUGGACUUCCCGCUCGAAGUACAGGACAUCUUUCAGGCAAUGCAAGUCUUCAUUUUGGACAUAGAAACUCUGGGCUACCCGUGCGUGGCCAGCAGCGAUGCUGUUCGGCGGUACCUGUCCACAGUGAUGCUUUUCCCUGCGGUUAUAGUGGGCAUCCUGUUUUGUCUCGCAGUUUCAAAGCUGCUGCCCAAAAAGUGGCGCUGGGCGACCUCCAAGACUUUCAAUCUCAUUGGGCAGUUCUUGCAAAUGGGUUACACCACCAUGAGUGUGACCGCAAUGGUGCCGAUGACAUGCUACAGUCAUCCAAACGGCCUUCACAGCUUGCUGAAGUUUCCGGAAGUGUUCUGUGGGACAGAAGAACACUCCGUGAUGCUUGCUGGAGGUGUGACAUUGCUGGCUUUUGGUGUUCUGGGCUUUCUCUGCCUCUGCGUGUGGGCAGCCUGCCAGGUGCCGCUUUGGAGCUCCCAAGGCCUCUCCCACCGAGUCAGCUCGUUUCGGUUUUUGCUUGCGCGGUUCCGCUUGGAUGGCUGGUGGUAUGGGGUGCCGCUGCUUGUCCGUGGCUCCUUGCUGAAUCUGCCCGUGGUCCUUGCUACGGACUACCCUCCCAUUCAGAUCGUGUCAAUGUCCGUGAUCCUGGUGUUCUUCAUGGCUGUGCAAGCCCUGGUUUGGCCGUGGAAGCCGCCUUUGAUCAACGCCUUGGACUGUUGGAUUUCCGCCUGUGUCAUCCUUCUUGUUGUCUCUGCGGCAAUGUGCCUCCCAGAUCUCACAGAUGACAUGCUUGGAUUCCGUAACACCUUCACUCUUGUGGUCCUCGUGCUGCUCUUUGGUUCCGUGCUGCUGGCGCUGGGCUCCAUCGGCUUCUCCUUGCUGCUCCGGGCUGUUGGCUUUCAGGAGGAGCUGAUGAUCGUCACCCUCGGCCCGAUUCCCAAGGCCGAACGCGUGAGUUCAGCCUUGCGGAGUCUGAGCAUGGAGUUGUCCGAGGCAGAUGCUGAUGUCAUCGAGACUCGAGUCAAAGAGCUGGCUGUGUAUGAUGUGACACACAUCUCCCGCUGCAUCACGCUCUUGGCCAAGGAGGUUCUUCGUGAUGACGAUCCCGACUUUGACUUCACGCGCCGGGUAAGUGCGAAGUCUUUCGCUCGAAUGUCGCGCUGGAGUCGGAAGAAAGUUGAGCCAGGUACCCAGAACUUCGUGGCCAUUGCUCCAACUGCUCCACCAGCAAAGGAACAAGAAGGUGCGAGCUGCGCGGAUACCGAGGUCGAAAGCGAUGUCAGUCCUUUUGACAUGGAGAUGACCCGCGAGACGCCUUUGGGCCGGAUCGAGUCAGGUUGCGACGACUGCGGCCCUGGCUCAGGUGGAACUGGAACUCGGCUGAGUCUGUAG